AUGUGUCCACCUGGGUGGUCUAAGUAUGGAACCUCUUGCUACAAAUAUACAGACCAGUAUUUGAUGUAUUGGGAACAUGAACAUAUAUGUAGAAGUCAGGGAGGCCACCUGGUGGCUAUUACAGAUGAACCAGAAUUGAAUUUUGUUAAGACUUUGCUCUAUGACAAGCCUGCUCCUGUUUAUUUGGGAACAUAUGAUUUCCACAUGGAUUAUUCGUCCAGGCUUUUUAUGAAUACAGAUGGAAAACGACAACCAUAUACGUUUUGGGUAACCAAUCCAAAUCCUUUACUUAACACUCCAGACUUGUGCUACACAGCCAUCACAUGUGACCCAGAUUGUGGAACGGCAGAGUUGCACACAUUUAAGGAUAAUAAUGUCAACUUCACAGGUUAUGGUGGAUUAUGCGAGAAUGCACAGGAACCAUUUUCAACCAGGAUUCAGGAUGGUAUAAAGUGUAGUGACGGAUGGGAGUACUUUGAUGGAAAUUGUUAUUUAUUUACCAACACCACAUCUUACACUGGCCCCAUGGCACACAUACACUGUUCUGGGUUCAGAGCCAUAGUCGUAGAGAUUGAUUCUGAAGAAGAACAAAGAUUUAUUUCCAAUUUACUUUAUAGUGGAUCUCCUUUGCCCAAAACGGCACACAUAGGACCUAAAUUUAGGACCCUUGCAGAUUCUGGUAUUGGAGAGUUUACACAUGGAGAUCUUCAGCCUUUGAAAUUUGAAAAGUGGGCAACUCCUCCAUUGAACAACUAUGCUUCCACUCAAUGUGCAGUAAUAGAUUGUAGUGACAGAAAAUGUCAAUGGAGAGACAUAAUUUGUUCUGGGACUUGGCCUGUUAUUUGUGAAAAACCUGCAAAAUCUAUGUGUUCACCAUCAUGGGAGGAGUUUGGCAAUAGAUGUAUAUCUAUCCAUGAUGUAACUACCACAGAGGAGUGUACUGCUGGUGGUUCUAAGCUCCUCACAUUUAACAAUGUGGCAGAAGUUGAUGAAUUUAGAACUACAUAUGAUUUGGGUGAGUUUAAAAGACAUCAAUUGAGUUUAUAA